AUGGAAGGCAGUGCUAGGCGCGGCUAUGCUUCCGAUUUGUAACGCCUCCUUAGCCCUUAGACGAGCUUGAUACGAGCUAGGUCUUAUUUCCGUGUCCUUUUAUCUAGAAAAGCGUGCUCUAUGGGCUCUUGAGCGCGGGUUUGAUACGCGCUAGAGUGUCCAACAUGAGGCUCGGAUGCCACAUCUCAGAAUGGGCAAUGCUAUGCUGGAAUUUGAAGUGAUCUUUUUCGAACCCGGUACCUAGUAUCAAGCCUAGAUCAAAGAAUUCUCAAUCAAUCGUUCCACAGCGACUCAUUUACACCAUGCUCUUCAAACUCGAAUCAGUCGUCGUAUUGGCCAUGGCUGCUCUAUCAGCCGCACAGCCUGGGUUACAGAAAAGAGGAGGAACUGGCGUUCAGGACUACGUGUGCAGACAUAAGGAAGUCAAAGCCGAUCACAUCAGAGCCGCCAUAGGCCAGUCCCAUGCUUUUAACAAGUACAUCGCGGAACACCCAGACGCGCGUCGGCCUGCAUACCCUCAGCCGUUUGGCAAUAAUUACAAGACAGAUACACACGGGCUACUCAUAUCUGGCUGUUGUGGUUCCAUUGUUAGUAAAAGAGAGCCAAAGCUAUAGCGUUGCUGGCGAGGAUGCUAUGCAGGAGUUCCCUAUUACAGAUUCUCCUUGGAAUGUCGAUAUGAACCCCGGUACAUACCGUGUUAUAAUGCGUCAGAAAGGCUUUGUGGGCGUAACAGACAAAUCUAGGGGUUCUAGCACAGGCAACACAAUCGACAGAUGAGAAAGGCACAAGAAGCUGCGGCGAAAGCAAGGGCAAAAACUAGCACCUCUGCUGCUGCCGCCGCUACUAGCAGCGUACGCAGGCCAUGAGCUCUACUCGCUUGGUUCUAUGCGAAAUCGUUGUUUUUUGUCUGCUUUUAUUGAUGCUACAAACUUUGGCUUUGGAAUUUUAUGUAGAACGAGUUUGCUCAUUUAAUGCCUAAUUAAUUUGAAAAGGGACAAUUGAAGAGAAAGCGCAUCCUUUGACAGGCGAAACGCUACAAAUUAAACUAAUUUGC